AUGGAUUCAUUAACCAGUCUCCAAUAGAGAGAAUUUAAUGACAAAUAGUUGCUCCUAAAAAAUGAAAAAUUUAUUAAAGGUGCAAACCUUAAUAGUUAAUACUGCAAAGACUUUAGAGAAUCAUUGUCAGAUCAGAUUCAAAAAACUAAAGAGACCAAUUCUAAUCCUAAUCAUCUCUCCUUAUUAUUAAUUCACAAUCAAUCCCUAAUGUAUUCUAGUAACUUAAAUGAUAACAUGGCCAUUAGUCACAGAAAUGCAAUCUAACCAUUUUUUGGGGCACUGCUAAAAAAGAGUCCUCAUUGGAUUUAAGGUUAUAAAUUAAGAUAGUGUUCAAUUAUAAACAGAGUUUUUAGAUACUUUUCUGCAGAAACUCACAAAUUAGAAGGAGUACUAAAUUUUGAUGUUUAAACUUAUUAACUUAUUGAUAUUAAGGAUAAAUAAGGAAAUGUUAUUGAAUUUAUGUAUUAAUUCAGUAUUACCCAAUUAGAAUCAAACCAAUAGGCAAAAUUGAAAAGGUGUUCCAAUUCAAAGGUUCCAAUUUCCAAGAAACAACUAAAUGGUUUCAGAUCAUUUAAUUGCAUUUGCAAGAUUCCUUUGGAACCCUCAACAAGCUAACAUCUCUCUGUCUCUAUGAUAAGUUCUGGAGAGUAUACCAUAUAUUUACUUUAGCAUGAACGAAUAUCUGCUUAGUAGCUUGAUGAGGAAGCUGAGGACGGAGACUUACUGCUAUUCAGAGGGAAAAGUUUCAAUUGCUAAAUCCAGCGUGCCCUAACUCAAAAUGAUUAUGAUCACGUUGGAUUAUUAAUCAAAAUUGAACCAGACAGACUCUUUAUAUUCGAAUCUCUUCCGACCAAUGGAGUAAGCCUCUGUGAAUGGAAGACUUUCAACAUUAAAGAGUGGUAUAAGUUAUAUGAAAAGUAUCCUAUAUCGUAUCCUAUCAUUAUAGAAUAGUUUAUAGAAGACUUAAGGCUAAUCGAUCUACAGCAUUUAAAACAAAACUACUAGAUUUUGUUACUAAUAAUUUGGGAAAAGAAUUUUCUUGUGCUCCUUCUAAAUUAUUGUUGUAAAACUCAACAACUCUUGGAGAUGUAAACCUAGAGGCCGCUAAAUAGUUCAACAGAACUUAUUUUUGUUCUGAAUUGAUUGCUAAAAGUUACAAAACUCUAGGACUCUUACCCAAAAAUGUCUCGUCCACCUAAUAUUGGCCAGGCUCUUUCUCAUAAAAAAAUCCUAAACUUAAGCUAGAAUAAGCUGAGUUAAGUGAUGAAUAUUUAAUUGACUUUUGUAUAUGA